CACAAGAAAAUUCACAAAAAUAUCAUUUGUAAUGGCAAAAACAAUCCUUGUUCCUACUCUUCUCUUUGUUCUCAUAUUACUUAUAGAUACUGGUGCACUAGCAAAUACUCCCAAACCACCAACACCUACUGUUAACCGUCAAAGACCUCCACCACCACCUCCGAAAGUCGUAUCUUCAACACCUCCACCUCCGAAAGUCGUAUCUUCGACACCUCCUCCAGCCACAAAACCACCAGCACCUCCUCCACGCGUCGUUGCCCCAAUGCCACCUCCAGUCGCCAUUAAACCACCAGCACCUCCUCCGCGCGUCGUUGCUCCAACGCCACCUCCAGUCGCCACAAAACCACCAGCACCUCCUCCGCGCGUUGUUGCCCCGACACCACCUCCAAUCGCCACAAAACCACCAGCACCUCCUCCGCGCGUCGUUGCCCCGACACCACCUCCAGCUGCCACGCCACCAGCACCUCCUCCGCGCGUCGUUGCCCCGACACCACCUCCAGCCGCCAUGCCACCAGCACCUCCUCCGCGCGUAGUUGCCCCGACACCACCUCCAGCCGCCACGCCACCAGCACCUCCUCCGCGCGUCGUUGCCCCGACACCACCUCCAGCCGCCACGCCACCAGCACUUCCUCCGCGCGUCGUUGCCCCGACACCACCUCCAGCUGCCACGCCACCAGCACCUCCUCCGCGCGCCGUUGCCCCGACACCACCUCCAGCCGCCACGCCACCAGCACCUCCUCCGCGCGUCGUUUCCCCGACACCACCUCCAGCCGCCACGCCACCAGCACCUCCUCCGCGCGUCGUUGCCCCGACACCACCUCCAGCCGCCACGCCACCAGCACCUCCUCCGCGCGCCGUUGCCCCGACACCACCUCCAGCCGCCACGCCACCAACACCUCCUCCGCGCGCCGUUGCCCCGACACCACCUCCAGCCGCCACGCCACCAGCACCUCCUCCGCGCGCCGUUGCCCCGACACCACCUCCAGCCGCCACGCCACCAGCACCUCCUCCGCGCGCCGUUGCCCCGACACCACCUCCAGCCGCCACGCCACCAGCACCUCCUCCGCGCGCCGUUGCCCCGACACCACCUCCAGCCGCCACGCCACCAGCACCUCCUCCGCGCGUCGUUGCCCCGACACCACCUCCAGCCGCCACGCCACCAGCACCUCCUCCGCGCGUCGUUGCCCCGACACCACCUCCAGCCGCCACGCCACCAGCACCUCCUCCGCGCGUCGUUGCCCCGACACCACCUCCAGCCGCCACGCCACCAGCACCUCCUCCGCGCGUCGUUGCCCCGACACCACCUCCUGCCGCCACGCCACCAGCACCUCCUCCGCGCGCAGUUGCCCCGACACCACCUCCAGCCGCCACGCCACCAGCACCUCCUCCGCGCGCCGUUGCCCCGACACCACCUCCAGCCGCCACGCCACCAGCACCUCCUCCGCGCGCCGUUGCCUCGACACCACCUCCAGCCACAACACCAUCACCUCCUCCUCGAACCAUUUCUCCACCACCUCCACCAGUUUCCACACCACCACCUCCUCCUCCAUUUGCCACACCACCACCACUAGUUGCCACACCACCACCUCCUCCUCCAUUUGCCACACCACCUCCACCAGUUGCCACACCACCACCUCCACCAGUUGCCACACCACCACCUCCUCCUCCAUUUGCAACACCACCUCCACCACCACUAGUUGCCACACUACCACCUCCACCACCACAAGUUGCAAAACCACCUCCACCUCCCCCUACUCUUCCAUUUAUUUAUUCUGUAACUGGCAAACUAAUGUGCACUAUUUUGAGUAAUCCUAACCCAGCAUGUAACCUCUUUCCGAAUCUUUGUCCGGGCAUCUCCAAUUCCACGGUUAAGAUCAAUUGUGGGCCAAGUAAGAUUACAAUAGCUCAAGGAAUAACCAACUCGAGUGGCAAUUUCAACAUUGGAAUUCCAAACAAUUUCAAUGUGAAUGAAUGUGUUGUCUCGGUCAAGUUGCCUAUCACAAGUUGUCCAAUUCUUCUUACUGGUAGUAUAGAGGCACCCAUAGACCAUAUCGUAAGCAUAAGUGGAACAGGCUCUCAAGUCAGGGUGGACUAUGGCAUUGGUCGAUAUUCCCGCACCACCCUUUGAGGAAUCGUCCAUAGUAUGGAAACAAAAAUAAAUGAAUAAAAGAUAAUUCUUCUAUUCUGAACAUGUUUAUGUAUUUAAGGCAAUGCCUUUAUGUUUUUAUACCUUUUCAUAUAUAGAUAGUUGAAAAAGAAGUAUGUAACCAAACUAAUGCUGUGCGCAAUAACUGUGAUGUAGGGGAAAAGCAUAAAUAAAGAGAAUGUUUCAUUGUU